AUGAGUAACGAUGCAGACUUAGAUUUCGAUGCUGACCUAGAUGCAAUACUUGCAGAAGCAGCUAAAACGGAUGAAAAAGAUAAAGUUGAAGAAAAUGAGAACAGUAAAUCUACUACAAAUGAACAAACAGAAGAACAAAAUCAAAAUGUAAUCGAGAAGCCAAAUACAGCAACCAUUGAUGAAGAAGAACAAGCUAUAGAAGAUCCGGAUAUUCCAAAAAUUAAUAGAAAUGAAACUAAGCGCAAAGUGUUUGAGGAUAUAGAUAAAUAUCUUGAACAAAUUUCGAAAGAAAAGUCUAAUAAUAAUGAAAAUUCUAAUCAAGAAAAUGAAGAUGAUGAUGACAUUGAUUUAGAUGAACUGGAUGUAACAGUUUCAUCAAAUCCUCAUUAA